GAGAAGAGGGUGAACAGCAGCCACGGCGCGCACGGCGCCGGCGGCAGCGGCGUAGGCUCGGCUGUCUCAAAGCUGCUGCUUGCGGCCUGUGCCGUGGGCGUUGGUGCAUCGUUUUCUGCGCCGAUUGGUGGCGUGAUCUUUGCCCUGGAGCUUAUGAUGCCGCAGACCUACGAUGCAUUUGCAUACUGGGGCUGCUUCACCGCCGGCAUCAUCGGUGCCAUCACCUAUGCCGUUGAAAGGACUCUGACAAGCGGAGGUGCAGAGAUCUUGCCCCUGAUCAGCUCCAACGUACCUGUGUCUCCAACUUGA